AUGAUAAGGAAAUAUUUUAUUUUUGUUUUAAACCAGUAUGAAUAGCUAAACUGCAUUUCAUACUUAGUUAUAUUCAUUCAUUCAAUCAUUUAUUUGAUGUUUUCUGAGUCAAGUAUUUUUGAGUUUUAUUUUUUUUAAAUUUCAUCUAUGCAUUUAAAUAAAUAUUUAUAAGAAGCUUUUGAGAGAUCAAAUAAUUAGAUAGACUAUGAAAUUUGCAAAAUAUACUUCAAGAAAAUGUAUAAAUAGUAUGCAUGUGUUUUUGCAAGUUCAUAAAUUUAAAGCUAAAAAUGGAUGAGUUAUUUCAAAGUGAUUUUGAAAAUGUUAAGAUUUUUACAUUAAUUAUUUUAUAUAUAAAAUAAAUUUUACGAAUAAAUUAAGUAAAGUUAGUUAGUUAUUUAUUUAGUUAGUUAGUCAGUUAGUUGUUUGUUUGUUUGUUAGUAAGUUUUUAUUUUUGAUCAUUUUUGUUUAUUCAAUUUUUCGAAUCAGUGA